UUUGUAUCAUUUCAAACAUGUCAUGGAUUAGAUUUUAUUCUGAAGGCUGCUACCGGAAGUGGCAGACUAACUGCAGCUGACUCCUGGAUACGAGGGCAACAGAGAGAAAGAAGCUCAAACAGCAGAAAUAAACAAACUACGACACAGAGGAGAACACAUGUCCUCUCCAGGUGUCCAGAUGAACUUCCCCAGGUGGGACAUGCAUUGGGGCAGUUACACAGACAGCGACCUCUUCUCAGACCCCCAUGAGUCCGACACAGAGACCCUCUCCCAGGCCAUCAGAGCCGCGGCGGCCGAGGAGCCGGACGCCGACGGCAGCGUGCUGUUUGGAUACCUGCAGGGCACCGUGGUCGGCCUCCGGUUUUACACAGGGGUGGUGAAUCAGGGGGAAAUGGUCGGCUUAGUGCGUGAGCCACACAAUCCAUACGACCGUAACGCAGUGAUGGUCGCCAACAUUUAUGGCAGCCAGGUGGGACACAUCAAGAGGGAGCUGGCAGCAGCUAUGGCAUACGUCAUGGACAAUAACAUGGCUAAAGUAGAGGGGGUGGUGUACUCGGGCACAAAGAACCAGUACAAUAUGCCAGUGAUGCUGUCGUUCUGGGGGGGAGAGGAGAACAAAGAUGCCGUGAUUGAAUCGAUGGCACGCCGUGGAUUUAGACUGACCACAGGUACAAGCAAACCAACAGGGGCAAGUCAAACAUCAAGUGCAUCUAAGAAAGGUUUGACCAUCCCACUAACUGCAAAAGAGCUGAAGAAUGCAUUUGAUAAUCUGUUUGAAGAUCUGAUGGACAGUAAAGACGGCGAGAAAGAAGCUGUUGAGUCUGUGGUCACUCCUCUCCUGCCGCACCAGAGACAGGCCCUGUCCUGGAUGUGUGCUCGAGAAAACAAAUCGACGCUGCCGCCCUUCUGGAAGAAGACAGGGGAGCUGUACUACAACACGCUCACAUGUUUCUCUGCCAAAGAAAUACCAGAGAGGGUUCGUGGAGGAAUACUGGCAGAUGACAUGGGACUGGGUAAAACUCUGACAACCAUUGCUCUGAUCCUCACCAACUUUCACAAUGGAAAGCCCCUGCCUGUGGAGAGAUGUGAGAAGGGGUCCUCACCCUUCACAGCUAAAACCAAACCCCAGAUGUUCUCCAAACUAGAAGGGAACAGCAACGCAACUGAUGGAGCAGGAAGGAGCUCAGACCUUCCUCAGGCGGGGGGGAUCUGUGCUGAUAUACCGGACAUCGUGGAGAGAACGAGUGAGUCUGAGAAAAGUGCUAGCAAAGGAAAGAUGAAAGCCACCAAGCGAAAGCCCAGUAAAGUGGCCCCAGUACUGCAGGAGGAUCUGGACUUCGCGGCAGCGCUCGGUGGUGCCGCGUCAGACACAGCCCCGAAGAAAAAGAAAACUGCCAACAAGGCCAGUCCCACAGCCGGUUUGGAAUCCUUCCUCCCUCAAAGUGCAGAUGACUUAUCAACAAGAACAACUCUCAUCAUCUGUCCACUCUCUGUGCUCAGCAACUGGCUGGAGCAGUUUGAGCAGCACGUGCAUCCCAAUGUGAAGCUCAACGUGUAUCUGUAUUACGGCUCGGAGCGCAACAGGAGCAAGAAGUUUUUGUCCUCCCAGGAUGUGGUGAUCACCACCUACAACGUUCUGUCUGCUGACUUUGCCAAUAAGAGUCCCCUCCACGGGAUCAGUUGGCUGAGGGUCGUGCUGGAUGAAGGACACAUCAUAAGAAACCCAAACACACAGAUGAGUAAAGCCGUGUUGGACCUGAAGGCUGAACGCCGCUGGAUUCUUUCAGGUACUCCGAUCCAGAACAGUGUGAAAGACCUGUGGAUGCUGGUGGCUUUCCUGCGUCUGAAGCCAUUCGAUGUGCGAGAGUGGUGGAACCGAGUGAUCCAGAGACCCACGACUCAGGGAGACAGGGACGGCCUGCAGAACCUUCAGACCCUGGUGAAGUUCAUCACCCUGCGGCGGACCAAGAGCAGUGAGGCGAAUGGGCGCCCCCUGGUGUCCCUGCCUGAAAAGACUGUCUACGUGGAGCAGGUGGAACUGAGCCAGCAAGAAAGAGAGGAGUACGAGCUGGCACGCAACGAAGGAAGAAACACCAUCGGCAGAUAUGUAGCAGAGGGCUCAGUGCUGAGGAACUAUGCUGAUGUGUUGGCCAUCCUGAUGAGGCUUCGACAACACUGCUGCCACCCUGAUCUGCUGGCGAAGGUUUGCUCAGAUUUAGGUGCUGCAGCGACGCCCACAGAGCUGCGGGAGCGUCUGAUCGAGAAGCUGCGGUUGGUGUUGGCCAGCGGCUCCGACGAGGAGUGCUCUGUGUGUCUGGACUCGGUCCGCCUCCCCGUCAUCACACACUGCGCACAUGUUUACUGCCGGCCCUGCAUCGCCCAGGUCAUCAGCACCGAGAAGGAGACGGCGCGUUGUCCUCUCUGUCGAAGUGAGAUCAAGACCAAGGAGCUUGUGGAGUUUCCACAGGAGGAAAUGGAAGAAGAGAACAGUAUGAAUUCUGAGAGGUGGAGGACAAGCUCAAAGGUGCAGGCGCUGAUGGGAAACCUGCUCAGGCUGCGAAGUGAAGACAGCAGCAUUAAAAGUUUGGUCGUCUCUCAGUUUACGCGUUUCCUCACCAUACUGGAGACUCCACUCAGAGAGCACGGUUUCACUUUUGUGCGUUUCGACGGCGCCAUGAGCCAAAAGAAGAGGACCCAGGUGAUCCGGGAGUUUCAGAGCUCCGCUGCCGACGGCCCCGCCAUCAUGCUGCUGUCACUCAAAGCUGGGGGGGUGGGGCUCAACUUGACCGCCGCCUCUCGAGUUUUCCUCAUGGACCCUGCCUGGAACCCAGCCACCGAGGAGCAGUGUAUCGACCGCUGCCACCGUCUGGGCCAGAAGAAGAAAGUCGUCGUCACCAAGUUUAUUGUGAAGAGUUCAGUCGAGGAGAACAUGGUGAAGAUCCAGAGGCAGAAGCAGGACCUGGUGGAGAAGGCGUUUGGCUCCACAAGCACCGAAAGUAAAUUGUCUCCCAUCGACGACAUCAGAGCUCUGAUGGAGCUGUAGGAGUCCGAUGCUGGACCUGAACAUUAACAUGGAGACGACACAAACUGUUCACUCUGGUGUCGGACAUUUUGAAAGGUUUUAUUGUUUUUUUUACAGUUGCUCAUUAAUGUUUCUAAGUUCUGUUUUUAUUUAAUGAGUCACGAUUUGUUCUUGUUCACUAACGUUUGUUAUUGUAAACUCAACGUCUUAGUUUGUCAGUUGGAUAAAACGUGUAAUGUUAAAAACCCAUCGUGGGCUCAAAUCAAAUCAAUUAGCUGCAGCCCGACACGCAGUACUCCCGUCAUACCACCAGGGUCGUUUCAGUCCGAACUGUUUUUUCAUUCCACACUCACAGGAGGUCACUGUGACUGUUGACCUGACCGUAGAUACAUUCUAUCUAAUCAGUUCAUCGUUGAGUCAAAGGGACAGCUGGUAAAUGUUUGAAGAAAUCCCUUGAAGGCAGACUUGGGGUAUCAUGUUAGAGAUGCCAAAAACAUGUUUUGUUAUGACACCGUGACUUUGACCUUUGACCACACACACACACAUCUAAUUAUAUAAUCUGCGUGUCUCAGUGAACCUGUGUGCCAAAUUUGAAAUGAUUCUCUCAAGCUGCACUUAAGAUAAAGCACUUACAAGGCAAAAAUGGGGGUUUGUGAGCUUCAAGUGACAUUUACCUUCCACCAACAAGAUCGGUUUAUCUUUGAGUCCAUGUGAACAUUUCCCUCAAGGUGUUUCUUUAGUGUUCACAAGACGAAGGAUUCUCUGGAGGAUGUUCUUGAUAUAUCAUAUUCAUAAAAUAAACUGAAAAAUCCCAAUGUGAGCGGAGAAAACCUGAAAUCGUGAUACUUAAAAUGAAACAUGACAGGAAGCGUGGAGUCAAAUUUUUAACAUUUCUUUAUUAGCACUUUAACAGGGGUGGUCAGUAAACAGCUGGGGAACAGGACUACUUCAUGUUAUACUUCCACCAGUGUGCUGGCCAGGAUUUAUCAAACCAGAUAAAUAUGAUCACAUACAGACUUAAUUCUGCAUCUUGUAGGAAGGUGUAUAAGAGAAAUGAGUGAAUGUUCUUUAUUGUUGGAGCAGAUUUGUGAACGAGCACACGUGGAGUAGAGGAGGUAACAGGAAAGCCGGGCCUCAACAAAGUCCGUCUGUUGUGCUACUAGCAGCAGUGACAGUGGAUGAGUACAUUAAACAGUGAGAGGCAAUAAGGCAGCUGGUUAAUACGACACACAGGAAGUGAUGAAACCCGGGUGAUGGCACAAAGAUACACGGAGGUGGAGGAUGUAACAUGCAGGAGACACAAACGCAUUAAAUAAAAACAACUGACGACAUCACCGACCACGCUUUGAACACCGUGCCAUGCAAACACAACACAACAGGCCUGGAGAAGCUAACACGAUACAGAGCGUCUCAAGGCACAGACGGGGAUCUGUGACCUCGGGAGGUGAACGCUGUCGGACUGAAGUGAGAUCUCUGUAGCUGGCUGAGAAAAGAGGAGGGUGAGCCAGCUGCUGCAUAUUUCCUCCAAAGUGGUUCAGGUAGAGAUUUAUUACAGGAGUUGUGGUAAAAAUCCAGAAACAACUUAGUGACAGACUUGAACCAGUGUUGUGUCUCUGUUGUUGCUGGAAGUUUCCACAGGUUUGGAAGACUCGGGACUAUGAAUCCAUCGGAUGCACGAUAACUCUUUAAAAGGAAGAGUUUGACAUUUUGGGGACUCUGUGAUCGAGAGGAUAAAUUAGGUGACUGGAAACAGCUCCGUCCAAAAGGCGACAAAAUCCACCAACCAACAGCUAUGAAGUUGUGUCGUUUAAACCAAAUUAAGUGUAUCAAUGAAAAUUAUUCAUUUAACAAGUGCUAAUGUUGCCUCCAUCAGUUGUCAUCAGUCACAGGAAGCUGCUGUGUACGGCCAAGAAACAACACAUUCUACACACUUUAAGUUUUCAUACAAAUUAAACCCCAAAAUACAACAGCAGUUGUAUCAGGGCUGUUUAGAGGGGCUGGUGGGUGCUACCUUUGCACAGAACCUGGAUGUUUCCUUCAUACCCAGCUUGGUAAUCCGGUCGCGUGUGGUUUCCACAGGUUUUUUACCUCCCUCAGCAGGAAAGUGCAUCAACAAGCGGAGCUGUAACGAAUAUGAGCCAGGGUCCAAAGCAACGUUCAGAUUGAGAACUUGCUGCAGACUUUUGUCAUCUGUGCAGAAAAUAAAGUUCUGUGAUUAGAGAACGUGUGAGAGGACAGGAGGAUGUCACCCACAGUCAGUUAAUGUUAGAAUUAUGAAAUUUGAUUUGUUAAAUUCAGGUUCACGUAAUGACCAAAUCAUUGAGUAAUGCACAGUGCUGAGGUUUUCCUGGUUUCUCUCUCUAUUCUAAGCUUCUUUCAUAUUUCAACAUGAAGAAAUGUGGGUGGCAUCAUCUUUUUAAAUUCAUCUCUGUGCAAGCAUGCAAAUUGAAUAAG